AUGCGCUUGGUUUCUAUUGUCGUGGGCAUAGCCACGCUCGCGGGCGCCAUCACGCUCCCCCGAGACUACGUUGAGGGCACCUACAUGGUCACGCACGACGACGCGGGCAACGAGGUCCAUACUCGCGUUGGCGGUCCCAUCGCACCUCGGGAGCAGGACGGCGCCGCCGUUGAGGCUUCGCCGCAGGACAUGGCGAAGCAAGGCAACGACGGCUACUACGCCUUCUGCUUCUGCAGCCACAAGCUCAACACCGGGGAUGCUGACGCCGCCGUGGCGGACCUCAAGAGCCAGUUCCCCCAGGACAAGCACUACGACGGUGCCCCCAACUACUACUCGAUCCGCGGCUCGGUCGUGGCGUAUGCGUGCAAUGUUAAGGGAAAGAUCUUCGUUAAGAACGCGACACCCCUCCUCAUCGCGCAAAUGCUGGAAAAGGUGUCGAACCAGUGCGGGCGCUACGUGGGGGGUUGGGGCAUGUUCACGGAGGGGGCGCUCGAGGACCCCUGGCCGGCGCACUUUGGCUACAUGAACUACAAGCCAGGCCUCAACUUCUGUCGGGAGGGUACCAAUAUCCUGCAGUCAAAAUGCUGA